CACCGGAGGCGAGCCUGCUUAGCGUGGUGCAGGGAUGGGCAACCGGGUCACCCGCAGGGAUUUCGAGUGGGUUUACACUGACCAGCCCCAUACGCAACGGAGAAAGGAGAUUUUGGCCAGAUAUCCAGCCAUCAAGUCUCUGAUGGGUUCAGAUCCCCAUUUGAAAUGGAUUGUGACAGGAAUGGUAUUCACUCAGCUUCUUGCCUGCUUCCUGAUAAGAAAUUUAGCAUGGAAGUGGGUUUUCUUCUGGGCUUAUGGUUUUGGGGGCUGCAUCAACCACUCCAUAACACUAGCAAUCCAUGAUAUCUCUCAUAAUGUUGCCUUUGGUAACAAGCAGGCUAGGUGGAAUAGGUGGUUUGCAGUCUUUGCCAACUUGCCUGUUGGAUUACCUUACUCUGCCUCUUUCAAGAAGUACCACAUUGAUCACCAUCGAUACCUUGGCGGAGAUACUUUGGAUGUGGACAUCCCUACUGAUUUUGAGGGCUGGUUCUUCUCUACUCCAUUUCGGAAACUAAUUUGGAUUGCCAUCCAGCCAUUUGUUUAUAGUUUGAGGCCACUAUAUGUCAACCCCAAAGCAAUUACUGAGAUGGAAAUAUUUAAUGCUUUGGUACAAUUCUCCGUUGACCUUACAAUCUAUUAUCUCUGGGGUUGGAAGCCUAUUGUUUAUUUAAUAGCAGGAACGAUCCUGGGCAUGGGUUUGCACCCUAUUUCUGGACAUUUCAUAGCAGAACAUUACAUGUUUUUGAAAGGAUAUGAAACAUAUUCAUACUAUGGACCCCUCAACUGGAUCACCUUUAAUGUUGGCUAUCAUAUGGAACAUCAUGAUUUUCCCAGCAUUCCCGGAUCUAGACUGCCAAUGGUAAAGAAAAUAGCAGCUGAAUAUUAUGACACCCUACCUCAGCAUCAGUCAUGGGUUCAUGUUCUCUGGGACUUUGUUUUUGAUGAUAACAUCGGUCCUUAUUCAAGGGUUAAAAGAAAGUGCAAAUUGGUUUCUGAAUCUUUCUAGAUACCAACUCCAGCUUUUCCUCUCUGAACUUCUGCACCUUGAAAAUCUUUCCUUUGCAAACAUGAAUUAUGCAUUUUAUGAGGUAUCUUAGGUAGAUGUAGCUGAUGUAUGUUUCUGAAUCCAAAGGCUUGCCUUAAAUCCAAAUAUGAAGAAAUAUUCAAAUGAGGCUAAUGAAAAACCUUUUCCUUUACUACUGUGCAGUACAAAACUCAGGGGCGGUCAGAGCAAGCAGGACCCUGAAUUUUCAGAUUUGGAAAGUAGAGAAAAGUGGCUAGCUCUGUAUAUUUUGUAUAGUUAAAGUAUAUGGCUAGGAAGUCUGCUAUUGCAUAAAAUAGACCUCUCUCCGUCUCUGUAGAUAGAUAGGGAAUUUUGCAAGUAGGGGAAGAUGGAAGAUCUCUGUGUAAUUAACUUUUAAGUAAUAUGCAAAUAUGUGGGAAUUCCUCAUCUCAUACUGUUGUGAUGGGCAAUGGUUCUGAGAGCUAUAAAGACUGGCUCAGGAAUUCUGGGAGUUGAAGUCCACAAGUCAUAAAAGGGCCAUUGUUCUCCAUCCUUGAUCUAGACAGAGAGGUUUGCCAAUGCACAUUAGCUGCAAUAAUUAAAUCAGACCUCCACACUGCUAUAAGCAGUUACAAAGUACCCAGCAGUGUAUAUUUAAAGUCAUUGAAUAGGUGGCAUCUCUGUUUAUGGCUUUAAGUUAUUUAAAGAAAAAGCCCAUAUGUACCUACUUAGAAGUAAUCUCAAUAGAAAUUAAUACAAUCAUCAAGGUAAAUAGGUUUAGGAUUAUAGCCUAAAAUUGAAUGCAACAAGUAUAUUCUUAAUACAGUUAUGUGCAAUUUGGAGAUAACACAGCCUGAUAGCAAUGAAUAUAGUCUGCGUGCUUCAGUGCUUGGUAUUCCUAAUUACAUAAAGGCCAGUAGUUAAUACUGGAAAGACCUCUGAUAAAAUGUUCCAAGCAGGGUGAAUGAUAUUGGUUUGGAUGGAAAAAUGGCAGACUAAUUUAUAAGGCAAAUUAUUUUUAUCUACCCGAUUCUCCUUUUUUCCUUUCUUUUUAGGCUACUACAAAUGUUAUUAGUUUCCAGAGGUGUUAAGCAUGUUAUUCUAUUGCAGCAAAAAAUCAACAAAAUCUGUGGUACCUUAAAGAUGAAUGUAUUUAUUAUCACAUAAGCUUUCAUGGACUACAGUCUGCUUCCUCAGAUGCAUGGUUCAUUAUUCUGAAAUUUAUAUUAUAUACUCUUGAUAUGACAACUCACCCCCCCCAAACAAACAAACAAAAAAUACAACCCCAGCAGUCACAUAGCUCCUGAAGUGUGAAAUUGGAGGUGCUUCCACAUUUUAAAAAACCAUUUUUUUCAAAGGAAACAAAAACUUUAUAAAAAAAACCUAGCCAGUGCCCCACUUAUUCUUAUCAAGUACCCCCCUCCUCACCCCCAUGUUGUACGUUAUUAAACAACAUGAGAUGCACAGUAUUAUUACUUCUUUCUAAUCAGCAAUGGAUAUUUUAUAGUCCAAGACAGGUAAAGAAAUCAUAUAUUCAGGACACAAAUGUUAGGCUUGGUCACUGACUUUCCCAUAAAUUGAAAGUCUGAGGAAACUUUUGAGGGUCCUGCUCAGGAGAAACUUCCAUAUAGUUUCAAGAGAAAACAGUUUCAAUGAUACUAGCAAAAUUUUUCAUGUGGGUUCCACAUAUCUCUAGUGGUUUGCUCAAGCCAACAUACAUUUCAAGCCUAAGCAAAGUAAAAUAGUUUGCUAUUAAUUUAUCACACAGUAUUUAUGACAAAAUAUUGGAUGAUGUGUUACGGGGAGAUCUAUUCAGUGCAAAUUUUGGGAGAAGAAUACUAGUAAUUCUGAAUAUAACCACUAUAUACAGAAGACAUGCUUAAAAAUGAUGAAAGACAAUUUGUCUUUGGAGUUGUUCUAUUCUCCAGUCUAGGUCCAGUGAUCUGAAGCCAUCAAUUUUGAAAAUUGAUAUAUUUCAUAUAAUAGCCAAGAGAUGUAAACAUGAAAACGUGAAUUUUCUAUUUCUCUAACUGUAUUUCUGGUAGCACCACCAGAGGUCCGAUAAAGACCUGGUUUACACAAUAUGGAAACCAUAAUAAAGUUUCCUUAAUUUGGUAUAACAUUUUGUGUGAAUUUGGACAACUCAAUAAACCAUGGCUUCAUUCAAUAUGUAAACAUAGUCAUAGCCAUUUCCUUUGGAAUGCCAUAGCUGCUCAAAAUUGCCAAGCUGGCCAUCCCUGUUGUUAAUAAGUAGAAAAGUAUAUAUUAUGAGCCCAAAUCUAUUGCAAGAAUGAACUGAAAGAAAAGCCAAUCAAUGCCAUAUAGACAAUGAACAAUUUAUUACCAGUAUGAGCACAGAUGCUGUGAUGCACCGAUGUACCGCUUUAAUAUUGUGAUAGCUUUGAGACCAGGAACUUCCUGGCUGACAGCUGGCGUCUUCUGGCCUCAACUACUGAUGCCAUUAAUUAGAUUCUGUUGGCAAAAAUGUUUUCAUUUACACUGCAGACUACCAGUAAAAUUAUUUUGAAGUCAUCUAAUAAAAGCAAAUGGAUCACAUGUUUCCUUACCUACAAUAUACUAAAAACAAAAAUGUCAUACAUUUAAAUAAGCAAAUACAAAAUACAAAAAGGCUGACCAAAUCUGAUGUGCAUUAUCAGAUGAAUUUUAAAAAUCCAGAUAAAUUUUUAAUAUUUUCCAUUUCAAAGAUUUUAAGACUUUAUUCUUUCUUUUUUAAAUGAAGCAAAUCCAAGGCAGUAGCAAGCUUCAAAGUCUGCUGAGUCUGCUAAUAAAAAGGAUUUUAAAAACAAAAGAUGCUGUCAGGUGUCCUCUUUCACCAUUCUGCAUGAUCUUGGUACACUUAGAAAUGAACCAUCACUCGUCAUGUCCCUUGCAAUUUCCAGAUGGUCUCAUGGCCAUU